AUGUCGACGCUGGGCCGCGUGGUGCUGCUGGGCGAGCGCCCGGGCCGGCCGCGAUCGCGCAACUUCACGCUGGCCGUGUGGCGGCACGGCCUGCGUCUGGAGCGCCGUCUGAUGCGCUCCUUCGGCGGCACGCUCCGACCGCCGCUGCUCGGCUGCGACGUGCAGAACUGCCGCGUUCUUUAUACCAGCGAUCCGGCGGCGGCCGAGGCGGCCGACGCCGUCCUCUUCCACCUGCAGCUGACGAAGAAGGAUGCGCUGCCGCCGCGCCGGCGCAGUGAGCAGCGGUGGAUCUUCCUCAGCGACGAGAGUCCGCGCCAUGUCUUCCUCUCACGCAACAACAUCUCACAUUACAACAGCGUCUUCAACUGGUCCAUGGGCUACCGGUACGACACGGACGUGCCGGUGCCGUACGGGCGCACCGUGCCCGGCCGCUCGCAGGCUCUGGUGACUCCCAAAACCAAGAUGGUAGCGACCAUGGGCUCCAACUGUGACGGCAGCGGGCGCUGGCAGUACGUGCGCCAGCUACAGAAGCUGCUCCCCGUGGACGUAUACGGUCGAUGCGGCACGCUGAAGUGCCCCGGACACUACGACAAGGACUGCAAGCUGCUGGGCGACUACAAGUUCUACCUGGCCUUCGAGAACAGCCGCUGCGACGGUUACAUCACAGAAAAGGUGUUCUGGCACGGCUUGGGAAAGGGCGCCGUGCCGGUGGUGUGGGGCGCUAGGAAGAGAGACUAUGAGAAGGUCCUGCCCCCGGGCAGCUUCAUUUUUCUGGAAGACUUUGCGUCAGUGGGAGAACUGGCAAAGUAUCUGACCUUUCUCAGCGACACUCCUGAGGAAUACGCGAGAUACCACGCGUGGCGCAGCGCAUAUCACGUGGUGAACGAACAUGGCUAUUUUGGAUCCCCCAUUCACUACUAUUGCCGAAUUUGCCAGGCACUUAACUUUAACAGUGAGGAGAGGAAAGUAUAUUCACGCCUCGACCAGUUUUGGGGUGUCAAAGAGCACUGCAUCACGGCCGGCAAGUAAGAGUUCGUGAAAACCUGUUGUGUUCCUGGACACCUAACGUGUGUUGCAACCCAGAUGGGGAUGUCAUGUGCUAUAUCUAUAGUGCUACGCGCGACAUGAGAUGGGCAAUGAUACCCUUACAGCUGCCACAGGACACAAGACUAAACUUAAGGGAGAAUUGAAUUACGUUUUGCUCUCCUCGAAGUGUCAUUCCUUGCAAGUAUUCCCUAUUCUGGUGUUAUGACCGGUACUGUAAACGAGCAGCGAUGGGUUGAUGGGGAACAUCGAACGUAUACGCUAUUUGUAUAACGUGAACUGACAGAAAAGAAAAGAAGUGAGCAUCACGUACCUGCGUCACCAAAAAUAAACCAAUAAUCCAAGUGGACAAGGCGGAGCCAUGGAAACGUUGCGAAACAAAAUUCAUGGCGGAUCCAUUCAGCGUUUCAAUGGGUAUUUUCCUUGCAUCACCCAUCCCAUUUUGCGUCCUCGCCCUUGACGCAACCGUUCAAUUGAGUGCGCUGUGGCUGUCGGCUCUUGACCCAGCACUCCCUGCUGCCGCACUUGUCUCUCGACCUUCUUCCUUUACCCACGCGCCUUCCCCGCCCUUAUUUCGGUAAACCCACUCCCUUGUAUUUAUCACUUAUGACCACAGAUCCAGGAAGGGCCACGUCUUAUAAUGCUACUGUGAACACAUUGGCUGUGAAUACAAAAUAGAACACAUC